GGGAAGCUACUCUAAAAUUCUUUAUUUCAAAAUGGCGGUACUCUCGUGCAAUUUUCGCUGUUUGCUGCUGUCUGUCGCGCAAAAGCGGUGCAUGGGGUCUUUUAGACAAAGAAUUGAUCCGAACAUUAAAGAAAAACCAGAAUACGUGCCAAACAAAAAGAAGUCUUUUAUCGACUCAUUACGGAUUUAUGUACGAGGAGGGCCAGGCGGACAAGGGUCGCAUCGACAUAAUGGAUUUGGAGGAGAUGGAGGGGGUGUCUAUGCUGUGGCCAAGAAAGAUGCAUCUCUGUCUGAUGUUUACCAAAAGUACCCAACCAGACGAUUUGUUGGUGGAAGUGGUGCUGAUAGCACAAAGUACUGCUUGCUUGGAGAACCAGGACAAGACAAAGUGAUUGACGUUCCAGUAGGAGUAGAGGUAUGCACUGAUGAUGGACAGAUUAUAGGGGAUCUUAUAGAGGAAGGUGAUAGUGUAUGCAUGGCACCAGGAGGCAAGGGUGGUAAUCAUUCAAACAAAUAUUUAGGCAAGAGAGGCGAGCACAGAAAUGUGAGGCUAAACUUGAAACUCAUCGCAGAUGUUGGUCUUGUCGGGUUUCCAAAUGCUGGGAAAUCAUCAUUUCUUAAAGCUAUAUCAAGAGCGAAUCCAAAGAUUACAAAUUAUCCAUUCACCACAAUUAAGCCUCAGAUAGGAGUUGCAGAGUUUCCAGAUUUCCGAAAGAUCACUGUAGCAGAUCUUCCAGGACUUAUUGAAGGAGCUCAUGCCAACUUGGGUAUGGGUCAUCGCUUUCUGAAGCAUGUAGAACGAACCAAGUUGCUUCUUGUUUUAGUGGAUAUUGGUGGCUUCCAAUUGGCACAGUCAUACCCUCUUCGUUCUGCCUUCCAGACCAUCCUUCUGCUUAACAAGGAGUUGGAGUUGUACAAAGAGGAUUUGGUACAGAAACCAGCAGUGCUUGUCAUUAACAAAACAGACACAGACCCUGAUGAGACAAAAGUCGGUGAACUAAUCCAACUUCUGAAGGCUCUUCCAGAUUCCCUUCAGACAGUUCCUGAAGAACUGAGGCCAAAGACACUAAUUAAGUUUGAUGCCAUUCAGAAGAUAUCAGCAAAACGCUGCAUCAACACUGAUGAAACAAUGAAAUGUGUUCGAGAGCUGCUUGAUCAUUAUGCAGGCAAGACCAGCAAUCAAGAGACAAAUCUUACAGUCAUGGACAUAAACAAUAAAGAGUCUUUGUUGCGAAGACAUGGAGAAAGGGCUCAUAAAAGACUAGUCUAAUCUGUAAAACAUUUGAUAUGCACAGUGUAUGUGCAUAUUGUAUACAUUGUAAUAACAUGGGAAGGAGAGGAGAGAACAGAAUGUCUUUGAAAAUUAACGUGGACUUUGUGCACAACUUGCAGUGUGGGAUAUGAAGCUGGUUGAGCAGUAUGGAUAUUUAUGUAGGGAUGCAUGACAAGUGUGGUGUGAAAAUCUUAUGGAGCUGGUUGAGCAGUAUGAUUUAUACAGGCAUGCAUGACAAGUGUGGCGUACAAAACUAUGGAGACUUCCACUCAAUAUAGAAAAUGUGGGAAUAAUGAAGAUUUGUGCAUUUGUCAAAACUAUACAAGACUUCUAUACAGUAUAUAAAUUGUGUGAACAGUCAAUGUGUUUGUGCAUUUUUUUUCAAAAAUAAAUUGGAUAUGUCCUAGUCAGGCUUUCUAUCUCUGGACUAUGGUAAUAAAAUGUGUGCCAUCAA